AUGAGGCCGACACAACUACUACGGAGUGGUGGAGGGAAGAUUCCGUGAGUUGACCCGUUCAAUCGCUGUCCUGGCGCGCGCAAUGGCUGACAACAUCUCUUCCGCAGCUACCCCAAGCACGUAUGGUCUCCCGCCGGUGGUUGGUACGCGCAACCUCACAACUGGAAGACCAACACCGCUAUCAUGGGCGCCGUACUCACCGGCAUUGUUGCCAUGGUCUUCAGCUACAGCGCUGAGGUUGAGUAUAGAAACGAGAUGCCCCGCGUACGCACAUUCCAUCCUUGCAGAAGGCCAACCUCUGUCGGGGCAAUCGGUGACCUAGAGCCUUGCAGCUAAUAAUUCUCAUUGUAGCCCGACCGAUUCUUCCCUUCGCGAUACUGGAGCAAACAAAUCCGGGAGCACGAGCGAGAACAACGAGAGAAGGCAACGGCCACCGAGGCCGAGUCAUGA